UUUUCCGUGUCUGCUCUCAGGAUUAGGGUUUUCUUCGCAAUCCGUCUUCCGCUGACUCGAAGAUCAAGGAAGGCUUCUCUUGAAAACUACUCUACCACUCGUCCGGAUCAUCGUCGCGGAAUCGCUUCUUCCCCCUCCCGUAGCUGCCAUAUCGGAUCCCCUUUCGAGUCGAGAAUUCCAUCUGUCCCAGCACAGCAUCAAACCUGAUCAUUUUGCAUCCUUCUUUUUAUUUAUAGAACGUCAGAUUGUUGCUUCGACAAACAUUUCUUUGUUCGGUUCAUAUUCAGUCAAGUAAUAUGCCGAAGGAAAGGAGGACCCGGUCUGCAUCCUUUGAACGAAGAUCUCGUGCAUCACCUUACCCAUGCAGCUCAUCCAGUGUUCGGAAGCAUUCUUCUUCUUCCUCCUCCUCUCGUAGCACUCCUGAAUCUGGUAUUGCAGCAGCCAAGGACAUCAAAGAGUGGGAGGAGAUUCGUUGCCCUGUGUGCAUGGAGCACCCUCACAAUGCUGUUCUCCUGCUAUGUUCCUCCCAAGGGAAGGGUUGCCGCCCAUUCAUGUGCGACACCAGCUCCCGCCAUUCUAAUUGCCUGGACCAAUACUGCAAGGCAUUUUCUGAAUCCCAGCCAUCUCAGAAUGUUGAGGGCCAGCAGCCAACAAAGCUCUCAUGUCCUCUCUGUCGUGGGCUUGUUACUGGUUGGACGGUGGUGGAGCCUGCACGCAGGUUUCUCAAUGCUAAGAUUCGUAGCUGCUCUAUGGAGUCCUGUGGGUUUACUGGGGUUUAUGGUGAGCUGAGGAAGCAUGCUAGGAAAGAGCACCCCUCUGUGCGGCCAUCAGAGGUGGACCCCGAACGACAACGAGAUUGGCAGAGGUUGGAGCAGCAGCAUGAUCUUAGGGACUUGAUCAGCAUGUUUUGGUCGCCCAUCAGUGGAGAAGAAGAUGGCAUUGGCAUCAGCGAGGAUGUUGGAGAAUUGAAUAUAAUCCCGUUUCCCUCAAUCACAGUUUUUUUGAUUGUACAGGCGACUCGAGCAGAAGGUAUGGCUGCCUCGCGAUCAUCUUGGCUUCACUCGAGAAGCUCCUUCUGGGGUUCUGCACAGGCGACUCGAGCAGGAGGUAUGGGUGCCUCGCGGUUAUCUUUGCGUUACUCGAGAAGCCCCUUCUGGGGUUCUGCACGGAGGCGAAGAGGAAGGGGAAUGAUCCUGUGGGGAGAGACCUUCCGCGAACAAGAUUCUUCUAGCAGAGCAACCAGUGAUGUUAUUGAUAGUGAUGGCAGUGGUAUCGACAGCGGAGCUGAGGAGGUCUCUGUUGCUCCUUAACAAACAAGGCCAAGGGAGACCUCAGCUGCAGCCGAGGAUGUUGGAGGAUGGUGAUGAUGAUGAUGAGUUAUUGUGAUUGUAGGGCUGCCCCCCUCAGUCAGUUUGCAGUGUUGGUUUUUGGAGUGUUGAGCUGGUUGGGGUUUGUAAAUCACUUGUUUGUAGCACAAGGUCAGGAAAGGUGAGAAACAGAAAGUGAAGUCGGAAGAACAUUUUUUCACAUUGAAUACGGGAUUCUGGUUUGAUUAGUAUCUUUUUAAUGCCCUUCGCUUUUAUUCGUUGAUAA